CUGUGUGAAAGGGAAGAGGAUUGAAUGAACCCUCCUCCUCCUGCCUCUUGCAAGAGGAAUGAAAAAAGGAGCCGUGUGUGUUUGUGAAUGCGAGAGAACUUCACUGUGAGUCACUGCUUUGUUGCAGACAACAUCUUUACAGCCUCACAGAAGAAAACUUUUGAAAGAGACCAAAUAGAAACAGAAGAAGAAGCCAACAUGUCCAAACCUAACUACUCCGGUACUUUCCAUAUGGUGGAACAGGAAAAUAUGGACGCCUACCUUGCUGCUUUAGACAUCAACUUCGCACUGAGGAAGAUCGUAUGCCUGCUGAAGCCCUCCAAAGAGAUCAUCCACGAUCCCACCUCGGGCUCCAUGAAGAUCCGCACCCUCACCACUUUCAAGAACUUCGACAUGGAUUUCACCAUAGGACAAGAGUUCACAGAAGACCUGGGCCCUGUGGACGGACGGACGUGUCAAACCACAGUGAGCUGGGAUGUGGACAAGCUGCUCUGCGUACAGAAAGGUGAGAAGGCAGGCCGAGGUUGGACGCACUGGCUGGAGGGCAACAAGCUGCAUUUGGAGAUGAGAGCUGAAGGCGUCGUUGCCAGGCAGGUCUUCAAGAAGGCCGAUUGAAGUGUCUUUUGAAAUGAAUAAGCUCAUUUGUGUAGGAAGUAGUCAAGGUACAUGAAUUUUAAUUACAAUGAUGAAAUGUUAGAAGUAAUGUUGAUGUUUGUGUGUUGUGGUAACCAUUAGAGCAGACCUGGGCAAAUUAAUGCGGCCUGUUAAGCUUUUCAAUCUGGCCCGCCGGACAUUCCAAAAUAUUUUUUUUACAUCUUUAAGACGGGUACUCCGGCUUCCUCCCACUUCCAAAGACAUGCACCUGGGGAUAGGUUGAUUGGCAACACUAAAUUUGCCCUAGUGUGUGAAUGUUGUCUGUCUAUCUGUGUUGGCCCUGCGAUGAGGUGGCGAUUUGUCCAGGGUGUACCCCGCCUUCCGCCCGAUUGUAGCUGAGAUAGGCGCCAGCGCCCCCCGCGACCCCGAAAGGGAAUAAGCGGUAGAAAAUGGAUGGAUGGAUGGAAGAUGGAAAGUGUAGCUGCCGUUAUGAUGUGCACUCAUGUUUUCUAACGACCGUAAGUCUUCAACUAUACAAAGUAUUUCAAUAGUUGGAAUCUGCGCUUAUGGAUGAUAUUCCAGUUACUUGGGGUGUGGGGGAAAAUCCAUUCGAAUAUGUUGUGCGAUUCAGAAUCCAUUCUCAUUUUUAAAAAAAAUCGAUUUUUUUUUUUUUAGUUUUUAGUUUUUUUAUCAAUCCAACAAACAAUACACAGCAAUACCAUAACAUCCAAUUCCAAAACCAAAGCUGACCCAGCAACACUCAGAACUGCAAUAAACAGAGCAAUUGAGAGGAGACACAAACACCACACAGAACAAACCAAAAGUAGUGAAACAAAAAUGAAUAUUAUCAACAACAGUAUCAAUAUUAGUUAUAAUUUCAGCAUAGCAGUGAUUAAAAAUCCCUCAUUGACAUUAUCAUUAGACAUUUAUAAAAAUAAUAAAGAACAAUAGUGUCACAGUGGCUUACACUUGCAUGGCAUCUCAUAAGCUGGACAACACACUGUGUCCAAUGUUUUCACAAAGAUAAAAUAAGUCAUAUUUUUGGUUUGUUUAAUAGUUAAAACAAAUUUAGAUUAUUGCAAUCAGUUGAUUGCAAUAAUCUAAAUUAUAAAAGGUUUUUUUAAAAAUCUACUACUCUGCUAGCAUGUCAGCAGACUGGGGUAGAUCCUGCUGAAAUCUAUGUAUUGAAUGAAUACAGAAUCGUUUUGAAUCGAGAAUCGCGUUGAAUCGAAAAAAUCGAUAUAUUAUCGAAUCGCGACCCCAAUAAUCGAUAUUGAAUCGAUUCGUGGGACACCAAAAGAUUCGCAGCCCUACCAGUUACUAUGGUCAUCUAAUUAGUUACUAUGGUCCUCUAAUUAGUUACUAUGGUCAUCUAAUUAGUUACUAUGGUCCUCUAAUUAGUUACUAUGGUCCUCUAAUUAGUUACUAUGGUCAUCUAAUUAGUUACUAUGGUCCUCUAAUUAGUUACUAUGGUCAUCUAAUUAGUUACUAUGGUCAUCUAAUUAGUUACUAUGGUCAUCUAAUUAGUUACUAUGGUCAUCUAAUUAGUUACUAUGGUCAUCUAAUUAGUUACUAUGGUCAUCUAAUUAGUUACUAUGGUCCUCUAAUUAGUUACUAUGGUCAUCUAAUUAGUUACUAUGGUCCUCUAAUUAGUUACUAUGGUCAUCUAAUUAGUUACUAUGGUCCUUUAAUUAGUUACUAUGGUCAUCUAAUUAGUUACUAUGGUCAUCUAAUUAGUUACUAUGGUCAUCUAAUUAGUUACUAUGGUCCUCUAAUUAGUUACUAUGGUCCUCUAAUUAGUUACUAUGGUCCUCUAAUUAGUUACUAUGGUCAUCUAAUUAGUUACUAUGGUCCUUUAAUUAGUUACUAUGGUCAUCUAAUUAGUUACUAUGGUCAUCUAAUUAGUUACUAUGGUCCUCUAAUUAGUUACUAUGGUCCUCUAAUUAGUUACUAUGGUCAUCUAAUUAGUUACUAUGGUCCUCUAAUUAGUUACUAUGGUCAUUUAAUUAGUUACUAUGGUCCUCUAAUUAGUUACUAUGGUCAUCUAAUUAGUUACUAUGGUCAUCUAAUUAGUUACUAUGGUCCUCUAAUUAGUUACUAUGGUCCUCUAAUUAGUUACUAUGGUCAUCCAAUUAGUUACUAUGGUCCUCUAAUUAGUUACUAUGGUCAUCUAAUUAGUUACUAUGGUCGUCUAAUUAGUUACUAUGGUCCUCUAAUUAGUUACUAUGGUCCUCUAAUUAGUUACUAUGGUCAUCUAAUUAGUUACUAUGGUCAUCUAAUUAGUUACUAUGGUCCUCUAAUUAGUUACUAUGGUCCUCUAAUUAGUUACUAUGGUCCUCUAAUUAGUUACUAUGGUCAUCUAAUUAGUUACUAUGGUCCUCUAAUUAGUUACUAUGGUCCUCUAAUUAGUUACUAUGGUCAUCUAAUUAGUUACUAUGGUCAUCUAAUUAGUUACUAUGGUCCUUUAAUUAGUUACUAUGGUCAUCUAAUUAGUUACUAUGGUCAUCUAAUUAGUUACUAUGGUCCUCUAAUUAGUUACUAUGGUCAUCUAAUUAGUUACUAUGGUCCUAAUUAGUUACUAUGGUCCUCUAAUUAGUUACUAUGGUCAUCUAAUUAGUUACUAUGGUCCUCUAAUUAGUUACUAUGGUCCUCUAAUUAGUUACUAUGGUCAUCUAAUUAGUUACUAUGGUCCUCUAAUUAGUUACUACGGUCAUCUAAUUAGUUACUACGGUCAUCUAAUUAGUUACUACGGUCCUCUAAUUAGUUACUAUGGUCAUCUAAUUAGUUACUAUGGUCCUCUAAUUAGUUACUAUGGUCCUCUAAUUAGUUACUAUGGUCCUCUAAUUAGUUACUAUGGUCAUCUAAUUAGUUACUAUGGUCCUCUAAUUAGUUACUAUGGUCCUCUAAUUAGUUACUAUGGUCCUCUAAUUAGUUACUAUGGUCAUCUAAUUAGUUACUAUGGUCCUCUAAUUAGUUACUAUGGUCCUCUAAUUAGUUACUAUGGUCCUCUAAUUAGUUACUAUGGUCAUCUAAUUAGUUACUAUGGUCCUCUAAUUAGUUACUAUGGUCCUCUAAUUAGUUACUAUGGUCAUCUAAUUAGUUACUAUGGUCCUCUAAUUAGUUACUAUGGUCCUCUAAUUAGUUACUAUGGUCCUCUAAUUAGUUACUAUGGUCAUCUAGGUCACAGCAGCUCAGACGGGGCACCAAGCAGUGUGGGCAGGUAGCGUUUCUACAGACGUGGAAGGAGAUUUUCACUACAAAGUUCUAAAGCUUAGUGAUAUAUCAGAUAUAUCAGAUUGUUGGUGGGUUUAUUUGUACCCUUCGCGUUCGUAUUUCACCGUUUGUUGCAUUUUUGUUGCGUUUCUCUUGAUUGUAAAUGAUGUCGACCGAAAGGGGGUGUGAAUUUCAUAUUUGGUCAAUAUUCAAUCAAUGUUUAUUUAUAUAGCCCUAAAUCACAAGUGUCUUGAAGGGCUGAACAAACAACAACGACAUCCGAGGUAGAGCCCACAUAAGUAGAGCCCCAGUGGGACAUCGACAAUGAUGACUAUGAGAAACCUUGGAGAGGACCGCAUAUGUGCCCCCCCAUCCAUAGUGGAUCUAACAUAGCCGUGAAAAUCCAGACCAAAGUGGAUCCAAUAUAGUAGCGAGAGUCCCGUCCACAGUGGACCUAACAGGAAACCAUACCAAGCGGAGGCGGCUCAGCACAGCAGAGAUGUCCCCAACCGAUACACAGGCGAGCGGUCCAUCCUGGGUCCUGACUCUGGACAGCCAGUACUUCAUCCAUGGCAACCGGACCGGACCCCCUCCACAAGGGAGUGUGGGACAUAGGUGAAAAAGAAAAGAAACGGCAGAUCAACUGGUCUAAAAAGGGAGUCUAUUUAAAGGCUAGAGUAUACAAAUGACUUUUAAGAUGAGACUUAAAUGCUUGUACUGAGGUGGCAUCUCGAACUGUUACCGGGAGGGCAUUCCAGAGUACUGGAGCCCGAACGGAAAACGCUCUAUAGCCCGCAGACUUUUUUUGGGUUUUUGGGAAUCACUAAUAAGCCGGAGUCCUUUGAACGCAGAUUUCUUGCCGGGACAUAUGGUACAAUACAAUGGGCAAGAUAGGAUGGAGCUAGACCGUGUAGUAUUUUAUACGUAAGUAGUAAAACAUUAAAGUCACAUCUUAAGUGCACAGGAAGCCAGUGCAGGUGAGCCAGUAUAGGUAUAUAUGUAUGUAUAUAUGUAUAUAAAGGUAUAUACAGUAUAGGUAUAUAUGUAUGUAUAUAUGUAUAUAAAGGUAUAUACAGUACAGGCGUAAUGUGAUCAAACUUUCUUGUUCUUGUCAAAAGUCUAGCAGCCGCAUUUUUGUACCAACUGUAAUCUUUUAAUGCUAGACAUGAGGAGACCUGAAAAGACGAGAAGUAUCUAACGCAUGGAUAAUGAUCUCAGUGUCAGUAGUGGACAAUUUUAGCGAUUUACGGAGAUGAAAGAAGGCCGUUUUAGUAACGCUUUUGAUGUGUCACUCAAAGGAGAGAGUUGGGUCGAAGAUAAUACCCAGAUUCUUUACCGAGUCGCCUUGUUUAAUUGUUUGGUUGUCGAAUGUUAAAGUUGUAUUAUUAAAUAGAGGUCGGUGUCUAGCAGGACCGAUAAUCAGCAUUUCCGUUUUUUUGGCGUCGGGUUGCAAAAAGUUGGUGGACAUCCAUAUUCAGUGUUUUACCGUUCUUAGAAAGAUGUAAAAUUCCAUUACGUUUUUUAAGGCGGUCUGUCAUCACGUUUUUAGCAUUCAAACAGACCUUAUUGUUUGGUUUUGUUUAAGUGUUCUUAAAUAUAGAUAUACCGGCCCCCAGACACAUUUUUUUUCUCUAAAUGUGGCCCCCGAGUCCAAAUAAUUGCCCAGGCCUGCAUUAGAGUGACAGUAUGUGUAAUCAUUUAAUAUGGUUCAGAGGGAGAAAAACUCGCUGUCCAAAUACUUUUUGACCUAACUGAAUGUGCACAUUGCAUGAUUGUCUGUCUUGGCAACUGUCAUAAACGUUUAAAAAACUGAGCGUCACUGCAGUGUUAUUUACAUGUUGCAUCCUCACCAUGACAUUAGCAUGUUAGCAGCAGAAACUGCAAAAGAGGUAUUGAAAAUAAACAUUGUAAAUGUAACUUAAAAGAAAAAAAAAUGAAUUGAAUCAUCCAUAUCUUUUUAAAACACUAAUGCUUAAUGUUUGCGUUAAAAAGUGAUAUAUACAUAAGUUUUUCAUUAGAAUUAUUUGGUGGAUUUGGUUAGGUUCAGUCCAGAAAAUGAAAGUACAAUGUAAGAUGCAGACUACUGAUUAUGCAGUAUAAUUGUAGAUUAUAUUUGUCCAUUUUAGUUGGCAUGUAGUACUCCACAAUUGUUGAAUUAAUAAAAUGGUGGAUUAUUUUGCUGCAUAUCAUUAUACUGUACACACAAACAGGACAUUUUCCCGGCACAAUCUCAUGCAAUCAACGUUCCCUCUAAGGCAGUGUUUUUCAACCUUUUUUGAGCCAAGGCACAUUUUUUGCUUUGAAAAAAUGCGGAGGCACACCACCAGCAGAAAUCAUUAAAAAACGAAACUCAGUUGACAGUUAAAAGUCAUCGCAAUUGUUGGGAAUGACUUUAAAGCAUAAGCAAGCAUGCAUCACUGUAGCUCUUGUCUCAAAGUAGGUGUACUGUCACCACCGGUCACAUCACACCCUGACUUAUUUGGACUUUUUUGCUGUUUUCCUGUAUGUUGCGUUUUAAUUCUUGUCUUGCGCUCCUAUUUUGGUGGCGUUUUCUCUUUUUUUGUUAUUUUCCUGUAGCAGUUUCAUGUCUUCAUUUGAGCGAUAUUCACCGCAUCUUUUUACCAUGAAUUGAUUAACGUGGACCCCGACUUAAACAAGUUGAGAAACUUAUUGGGGUGUUACCAUUUAGUGGUCAAUUGUUACGAAAUAUGUACUGUACUGUGCAAUCUACUAAUAAAAGUUUCAAUCAAUCAAUCAA